UCAUAUUUUAAACGCAUAUUUUCCAGAAAACAACUCGAUGCAAAUAAACCAACCGUGUACACCAGAGAAGAUUAUGACAACACGUAUUCAGUACCAAUGGCAGUGUUGAAGCUGGUCGGCCUUCGGCUCACCAAGGAAGAUCUCUCUUGCGCCAGAUUAUGCUGGAACGUGUUCUACUGGUUUGAAUUUGCCAAUCUAUUCAUUGUGACUUGGCUGGAGUUGAUUAACAUGGUGCAGACGGCCAAGGGCGGUUCGUUCCAGGAUGCUGUUGAGAUAUUCAGGAUGAUGCCCUGCGUCGGAUACUUGCUACUAGCCAUGGCCAAAUCAUACAAGAUUGUGUACUACCGUCCCGUUUAUGAGAACCUGGUGAGCGAGUUACGCGACAUGUGGCCUCGAGGCGUGGUCUCCGAGGAGGAACACCUCAUCAUCAGUACCGCACUAAAACAACUGUACUACGUCGUCCAAGGGUACUACUGGUGCAACAAUGCUCUCUUGGUUAUAUUUCUAUCACCACCCUUCGUAGAGAUAAUAAAACGAGCCGCAGGAGAUGAAGUGCCGUUAAUCCUACCAUUCUUUUACUGGUUUCCGUUCGACCCGUUUCAACGUAUCUUUUACGAGAUAAUACUAAUCGCGCAAACUUGGCACGGUCUAAUAACGAUAUGGUUUAUGCUCUGCGGUGAUCUUCUCUUCUGCAUAUUCCUAAGCCACAUAACAACUCAAUUUGAUUUAUUGUCUGUGCGUAUCAAAAGACUUGUUUAUGUACCUAUCGAUAAACAAUUGGUUGAAAGUUAUCCCCUAGGAGAAUAUAGCAAAGAUUUUUUAAAAAAAGAUAAGCAUAUUAAUUUGGAUUCGUUUACGGAAAAAGAAUGGGAGAAUCGAUAUCAGAAGGAAGUUACUGAAAUUGUUUUAAGACAUCACGCUCUAAUCAGAUUAUCUGGCGACGUGGAAAAUUUGUUCAGUUUUGCGCUUCUGGUCAAUUUCUUCAACAGCUCUAUCAUCAUUUGUUUUUGUGGAUUUUGCUGCGUUAUUGUGGAGAAGUGGAACGAGAUGGUCUACAAAUCAUUUUUGACAACUGCCCUCUCACAAACAUGGCUCUUAUGCUGGUAUGGACAACGUCUACUGGAAUCUAGCGAAGGAGUUUCGAGUGCAAUUUACAACAGCGGAUGGUACAUGGCGACUAGGAAAAUUAAGAGCUCUCUAUUAAUUAUGCUUCAUAGAGCUCAAAAAGAAGUAUACGUAACCACAUAUGGAUUUUCCGUAAUUUCUCUGUCGAGUUAUACAACGAUUAUUAAGACGGCUUGGUCGUAUUUUACACUUCUACUUAAUAUUUAUAAACAGUAGAUUUAUAAAUUGUUGCAUUAUAUUAUUAUGCUCAUAUCAAAACCUUAUAAUGUAGGUAUACACAAUAAACAGGUAUAAAUAAU